GGGGGGGAUCCUGGCUUUCUCAGUCAGGGCAGGGCAGGCUCCAGCAUCAGUUUGCUCUGGGAGCUUGCCCAGAAUCUCCAAGGAUGGUGAUUCCUCGCUGUCCCAGGACUGCACACACUCAGGAUCCCAUCUCUUUUCCCACACACGCUUUCUAUUCCAUCUGUUUUCCCACACACUUGCAUCCAAGCCCUUUCUUGCUGUCAGCUCCUUGUUCCCUCCUCUUUAACCCCCUUUUCAGCAGCAGAAGCCCCUCUGCAUCCCUCACUACUCGGACCCAGCUGGAAUUCCAACCCCCUUGGGGGUACCAGGAGCUGCUUCCCUGCUUCCCUGCACCCCUAACUCCGUUGUCCCCCCAGGAAUGCCGCCGAUGCAGGUGCACCACGGACCUCCCGGGAUGGGCCAGCACCACCCGGGACCCCCGGGCUCCGGAGGGCAGCCACCCCCCCGGCCCCCCCCAGGAAUGCCCCACCCAGGACCCCCCCCAAUGGGGCUCCCACCCCGGGGGCCGCACUUCGGAUCACCCAUGGGUCACCCCGGGCCGCUGCCGCACCACGGGCUCCGCGGGCCCCCCCCGCUGAUGCCGCCCCACGGCUACAACGGGCCCCCCCGGCCCCCCCCCCUACGGAUACCAGAGGGUCCCGCUGCCCCCACGGCCAGCACAGAGACCCCCCGGGGUGCCCCCCCGCGGGCCCCUGCGGGGACCCCUGCCCUGAGACCCUCCGUCUCCAUCCUCGGCCUUCCUGGACCCCUCGGACCAACAUUCCCGCUCCUGGGGGGGACCGGGGGUGUCCCUCCCCUCUGUCCUUGUCCCCUUCACUUUCCCCUCCUGUUUUUUUUUAUAGUGUUGUUGGUUUUCCUCACUUUCCCUCCACCUCCUCCCGUUUCUCUCUCCCUGGCAGCUUUUCCGAGCUCCUUUUUACCGGAUUUGUUGGUUUUGUACGGAAAGCAGCGGCCGCCCGCCGGCAAAUAAAGGAUUUGGGAACCGAGGGGGUCCCUGGAUUGGG